AUUUUGUGCGGAAACAUAUCGAGACGUCCGAAUUAUCCGAGCGUAAAGUGUUAUCCAAUUCCCGAUGCCUUUAAUCCGUGCGAAGAUGUGAUGGGAAACGGAUUCUUACGGAUGUUAGUGUGGGUUGUGGUCAUCGCUGCCGUUCUCGGCAACUGUGCCGUUAUGAUUGUCCUCAUGAGGUAUGGCACCCAUUCCUCCCCCGUCCCCCUCUUGGUCACCGGUCAGCAUUGCUGUUACCCUCCCCUCCCAGCCCUGCCCCCAAACACACAGCAGAUGCUUCACAAAAAGCCGAAUAGUAAUACACUAUUUGAGCACUACAUACGCAAAUUUCUUAUGAUAAAUCUGGCGAUUGCCGACCUCAUGAUGGGCAUUUAUCUGCUCAUUAUAGCAGUAGUUGAUGUGCAUACUGUUGGCCAGUAUUUCAAUUAUGCCAUUGAUUGGCAACAUGGGAUCGGGUGUAAGAUCGCGGGUUUCAUAACGGUGUUCGCGAGUGAACUGUCCAUUUUUACGCUAACCGUUAUAACACUGGAGCGAUGGUUUGCCAUCACAUUCGCCAUACAACUGAACAAACGUCUUAAACUGGGAUUAGCUGUGAAGGUGAUGUUCGGCGGCUGGUGUUACGCACUGCUGAUGGCAUCGUUGCCAUUGUUGGGGAUCAGCACUUACUCCAAGACAUCCAUCUGUUUGCCAAUGGAGAACAAACAGGGAGGAGAU